UUUUAUUUUAAAACGGCCAUUUUACGUAAAUAAAAAAAAGGAAGUAUACAUAAUAUUGUUACUUGUUAGUUCUUGGUGUCUUGGAUAUCUUAGUACUGGAUUUUAUUUUCACUUUUCUUGAGUAUUAGUCAUGAAGACUUUCAUUUUAAUAAACUUUGUACUUUUUUUUCUUGUGCUAUGGCCAAUGAUAGCAGAUAGUCAUAACAAAAAUAGUAUUGUGAAGAACAUUUAUAGAAGUAAUAUUUCACAAAUUGUUGAUUUAAAUGUGUCCUAUUACGAAACUUUUGAAACUACAUCUGCAAUACAAAAUGAUAAUAUUACAACUAGUGAAACAAUCCGUAAUGAAUCAAAUAUCCUAUUUUAUAUGGAAACAUCUUCAACCCCAGUGACGACAACAUUAAUAUAUAUUAAUGGUACUAAUGAAGUUAAUACUUUCCAGAGCACAUUACCAGAUCAAAAUUAUGGUAAUUUUGUAAUGGUUUUUUUUUUGUCAGCUAUAAUAAUACUGAUUUUGGGAUUGUUGUUCAUUAUUAUCUAUAAUAAGAUACAGCAAGGUAGUACCACCAGUACAAUAUACCAAGUGAGAGAAAUAUAUUGUCAUAAUCAUCAAGAAACUGCAGUUUAAAGCAUUUAAUUAUGUUACAGUUUUUGAAAACAU